UCUUCAAGUAACGAAUCUUGCGACGUACUAACUACUGAUAACCGGCGAUGAUGUCUCCCGGAGCCGAAGUUACGGCCACACAAUGCUACGAUCCAAUUGCUGCAUUUCAAUUCGCCCUUGCACGGCGAAACAACCUUCGUUCCAUAGGCUACACCACUCUAUCUCCUCCAGUCUCUCCUCUGGUCGCAUCACCCUUCACGGUGGUGAUGGUUCCGUCUCCUCCUCCCGACUCCGUGAUCUCGUUUUCGUCGUAAACCCUCAAGGAGCUAAUGGUAGAACAGCUAAGGAGUGGAAGAAGUUGCUUCCUUACCUUCGAACUCGUCUUGGUAAAGACUGUAAUAUAAAAGAAUCUUUAACAUCGGGUCCUUCUCAUGCCAUUGACAUUACAAGAGAGGCUAUUAGGGAUGGUGCAGAUGCUGUGAUUGCGGUAGGAGGUGAUGGAACACUGCAUGAGGUCGUUAAUGGUUUCUUUUGGGAGGGAAAACCUGUCGGUAAUCUCAACGGCGAAGCUAAUCAUUCGGCUGCACUUGGUCUGAUUCCAUUAGGUACUGGCUCGGAUUUUGCUAGGACAUUUGGUUGGAAAAAUGAUCCUUGUGAAGCGGUGGAGCGCAUUGCUAAAGGUGUACGAUCACGUGUUGAUGUUGGUGUUAUCAACCAUGAAGAAAGUGAUUUGCAUUACUUCAUUAACGUUGCUGAUGUUCACUUGAGCGCAAAGGCAGGUUUUUACGCGUCAAAGUACAAAAAAUUCGGAAGCUUGUGCUACGUUAUCGGUGCCCUCCAAGCUUUUAUGGGACAUCACAACCGAGACAUGAGAAUCAAGGUUAAUGGAGGGGAAUGGGAGAUAUAUCCUCAAGUCACCGCUCUCUGCGUUGGAAACGCUAAGUACUUUGGUGGUGGAAUGAAGAUCACUCCCAACGCUGUCCCCGGAAAUGGAAAUCUUGAGGUUGUGGUUCUUCAAGACUUCAAGUGGUAUGAUUUCAUACUGAAACUUCACAAGCUAUACAACGGGACGCAUCUCUCUGUUAACAAUGUGAGCUCAAGAAGUGUACAAAGCAUCGAAAUUGAGGAGAUUUCAGAGAGUGGAAGUGUCUAUGUUCAGUCAGAUGGAGAACACCUUGGAUUCCUACCUAGAAAGUUUCAGGUUUUACCCGGUGCCAUCGACAUGAUCAGCUGAUGAUCACAACCACACCUGCCAAGAAAAGAAAGGUGUAGAAAAGAAGACACAUCACAUUCAACUUUUGUUUGGUCUGUACUCCGUACUAUGUAGAGAUUCUUCUUUUUUAUCUUAGAUUUGAUUCAUUGUUUCAAGACGAAUCAGAUAUGUGAUCGUGUUGUGUUGUGUUGUGUUCUGUUGUUACUUUGUGUGGUCACCAUUAGCCAACACACACAAAGAUACUUUUUAAAGUAAA